AUGUCUGGUCAUUAAAUCAUAACCUAACCUCAGAGUCGUAGUUAAUAUUAGAGCAACAACAAUAUCUUGACAGCACAACCAAUCCAACAGCAAUCUUAGAAUCCCUUGAACUAUCCAAGCAAUGCUAUUCCUGCUCCUUUCAUGCCUCCUCAAAUGGGUCAACAAUCAUAUGUGCAAUCUCAAGUAUACUAACCAAGACCGAUGGAAAAUACAGUGAGAAUUUAACAGUAGCCUGAAGUACAUUGUCCAUUUUGUUUGACUUGUUAAUAACACAAGAAUGAUUUAUUAGCAAGGUAAGAGGCGUAAAAGGCUAAGCCCCAAUAAGGAAAUAGUAAUUUCCCAGAGUAUGAGUAUGGUGUUUGUCCUGAUUGUGAAGGUGUGACUGGGGAUGGAGACCCAGAAGAUGAUAUUGGAACAGAAAAUUAGAAACUUCGAGAUGAUAUUGCUGCAAAAGCUAAGGCAAACAGAAAAUUAAGGAAUGACGUGGCUCGAUUACAGACGGAAUUAGAUAGAAUCAAACAUCUACCAGAAGAAAACGAGAAACUUAAAGCAAUGCUCGGUCCGUUAGAAGAUUAAUUAAGAGAUGCAAGACAUAAGAAUCAAGAUUUACUUGAUGACAAUAAUAAAUUGGGAAAUUAAGUCAAAGAUCUAAGAAAUAAUAUAGAUAAAGCAAAUAAUGCAGCUAAGGAUAAUGAUAGUAUGAAAAAAGAAAUUGAAGAUCUAAAAAAGAAGAACAAAGAUAAUGAUAAGGUUUUGGAAGAGAACAACGAUCUCAAGAAUAAAUUGAAUAGAUUGAAGGGUGAUAGAGAUAAAAUGUUAGCGGAUCUAGCAGCUUUGGAAAAACAAAAUGGAUCAAUCAAGGAUAAAUUGGGUAAAUUGGCCAAAGAGAAUAAUGAUCUCUAAAAAGAUUUGGGAGAUUUGAAAAAGACCAACAAGGAUCUUGAAAAGAAAUGCAAUGAUCUUCAAUUAGAUAACGAUAAUUUACAUUUGAAUUUAGGUGAUGUAAAAGGAGAUAGAGAUAAAACAAAAGACUAAUUAAAUGAUUUACAUAAAAAUAGAAACUAAUUGCUUGAUGAAUUGGGUAAAGUGAGGGACAAAUUAAAAGAUGCAGAAAAGGAUAAAGAUGACCUUGGCAAAAAAUUGAACAAUGUCCAAAAUGAUGCCAAAAAGGCAGGAGAUGUACCUAAAUUAAAAAGAUAAUUGGACAAUGCUUUAUUAGAAUUAGAUGACUUGAAAGCUGAAAGAGAAGAAUUAGAUUAACAUUUAAAACAAGUUCAUGAUGACUACAAUAAGGCUUUGAAAGUAUUGAAAGACAAUGGUCUCUUAGGACUGUUAGAUCCAUCUGAAUAGUAACCUGGUUAAAAACCUAAUCCCAAUGGAUAAUUUGGACCAACCGCCUAGAAUUAGCCAUACAAUCCUAAUCAGCAGCCUCUCUAUGGUCCCAAUGGAUAGCCUCUCUAUGGUCCCAAUGGAUAGCCACUAUACGGUCCUUAGAAUGGCCAACCUGCUUAUGGACCUAAUGGAUAACCUAUUUAUGGACCAAAUGGUCAACCAGUUUAUGGCCCUGGUGGAUAAUAUGGACCACCAGGUCAAUAAGUUAAUAGUGCAUAUUUAGGAACUCCUAAUUAAGUUUCUUAGAACAAAAUGGGUGUUAGUCCAAUGAAUUAAUCAAAUUAAUGGGGUGGUGCAAGUGGUAAUGUUGGAAGACCUUCCUAUGAAGAAUUAAUGUUAGACAACAUUAGAAUGAAGAAAUGUAUCGAUUAGUUAAACUAUGAUUUAAAGAGUAGUAAAAAGUGA